AUGGCCGGGGCGGUGAUGCUUUCCACCAUGAUCCAAGCACACAAACCAGACCUGUGGAUGGUUCUAGUCGUUUCUUUGGUGGUUAUUUGCAUCCAAGCAAGAAGUAACGAUGAUGGAACCAUCUUCCUGGAGCGAGGUAACCCUGGCAUCCUGUCCUGCCCUCCCGUCGCAUCCGGACGAAUCCCGCUGGAUCAGAUCGAUGUCAUGUACUGGUACUUCCCCCGAGUACGAGAUGAAAAUAUCUUGAUAUCCUACUUCCUAGGGAUUGUCGCUCCACAAAACGGCAUCCUGGACGGUGUGUAUGACAUUAACGACAACUUCUCUCUGGUUAUUGAGAACGUCACUGACUCAGAUGAAGGGACCUACUACUGUAGGGUCAAACCGAAGUUAGAAGUUAUGGUUGAUGGACAAGUGACUAAGCGUGUCAAAGUAUCUCCCAAAGAGCCGUUUCCCGACGUGACUCAAUGCACUGAACUCAUCUCUGAGACUGCGUGUGAGGCAGAGUUACCGAAUGACAUCAAGAAACCAAGGCUGACCUGCAUCGUACGGGAUGCCAAGCCUGCCGUGGCUCUCCGAUGGCUGCUUGAGUAUAGUGAUGGCGACACACAGCUCAUCGGCGAAAGGUUCACCGUACAACCGAGUGAGUAUUUGGUGAACACAUUCACGACCUCUGCAUCAAUCCCAGUUAUAGUGAGUGAUGGGGACAAGUUCACGUACAUAUGUCAAGCAUACGGGGAGGCUCUGGGCGCCAGGAAUGGUAGUCACGUGACCCCUCAAACAUUAUACUUGACAUCAACUCAACCUACCACAUCUUUAACGGUUAUGCCUAGUAUGUUGGGCUUUACAUCUGCGAUGAAGGACGCUCCAGAUAGCUCUCAGAAUGCUGUGAUUGGGCUUGCAGUUGCUUUGUGCCUGUCAUUGGCUGUCGUCGUUGGUUUGGUUAGUGCUGUGUGCAAGAUGAGGAAGCCUGGACAAACGAAUGGAAUACAGUUGCCGGCGGACAACCACACGGAUUGUGAAACCACGGACCCACUUAACGAACAGAGUGUAAUGUGA